GUGGGCGGAGACUAGAGGCGAGACGUAAGGGCACAGAGACUGCACUGUACCCUCAGACUAUGUUGGAUAAAAGGAAAACCAGCAGGUUGAUAGGAUGAAGACCUUCAUAGGAAUUUAAGCUGAGCUUUAUGGGGUGGGGAAGCAUCCCCGUGAAAAACCAGUGUGUGGGAGGGAUAUUCCAGGCAAAAGGAUUGUGAUACGCUGGAGGUAAAGGAUGAAGGUCACUGUGGCAGGAUCAUGACCGGGGGUUCAUGUUGAACCCUAUUAGAAACCAAACACUAUGCACUGUAUAUUCAUCAUCUCGUUGAUUGUCCUACAACCAUGAGGGUAUAAGCCCCCAGGGAACUGAGACCCAGGAGAAUAAGAGACUUCCCAGAGGUUUCCAAAAGGCCAUUCUGGACUCUGUGGAGAAUGUUUUGAAAGGAAGCCAUAGUUGAAAGCAGUGAGGCAAAUUAGGUAAGGUAAAUAGGAAUUAAAGAUCUCAUCUUGCUGUGUGGCCGAGUUUUCUUACUGCUUGCUCUUCUUACUUUAAUUAUUUCUAUGACUGCCUCAUUGCUUAACUCAUUUAAAUCUUCCCAGACUUAUCUGAAAGAAGAAGAAGAGAAGAAUGAGAAAAGACAAAAACUUGUGAGAAAAAAACAACAAGAAGCACAGGGUGAAAAGGCCAGCAGAUACAUAGAAAAUGUUUUAAAACCUCACCAGGAAAUGAGAUUGAAAAAAUUGGAAGAGCGUUUUUAUCAGAUGACGGGUGAAACCUGGAAGUUAACCAGUGGUCACAAACUUGGGGGUGAUGAAGAAAUAGUGCUUGAAAAUGCAAGUCAGACUACUUUUGAAACAACCAACAGAGAAGCUGCAAAGAGACGGAAUUUGGCUAAGCCUCUAACCGAAGUUUCGCCAUCUGCUGAACAGCCCUCACAGAAGCAGGUUCCUGAUUUACCUGAAGAACCUUCUGAAACAACUGAAGAAGUAGUUACUGUUGCUCUCCGAUGUCUAGGUGGGAAAGUCCUGAGGAGAAGGUUUUUUAAGUCUUGGAGUUCACAGGUCUUAUUCGACUGGAUGAUGAAAAUUGGGUACCAUACAUCCCUAUAUGGCCUUUCCACAUCCUUUCCCAGAAGGCCACUUGAAGUGGCACAAGAUCAGUCACUGGCAGAUAUAGGAAUAACGGUGGAUACUGUACUUAAUGUGGAAGAGAAAGAGCAGAGCAACUAGUAAAGAAAUGAGAACUACCUGUUCUACGUAAAAUCAGUUAUGCCAUGACCUUACAGGACAAUAAAGGAUUCACAUUAAAAUCAUUCCAUACCUUGAUUGAGCUCAAGGCAGAAAACACUGUUAUCUAUGAAAAAAUAAUUGACAUCAAAUUUAGAAAAGAACUGCUCUCUUUAUAUCAUGACUUGUAGAAUGUGCCAUCUUAUAAUGUACUGAAUAAGGUAAAAAAUGUAUAUUAUAAGGUAUACAAUAAUUUAUAUUUCCCCCAGUUGAUAUCAUUUCUCGGUAUGUUAAAAACCUGUCAGGAAGUUGGGCAUGGUGGCGUCUACCUGUAAUCCCAGAGAAAGGAAGAUGGCAAGUUCAAGACCAGCCUAGCAACUUAGGAGGCUGUAAGCAAUUUACUGAGAUCCUGUCUCUAAAUAAAAAAUAAAAAGGGUGGGUAAUGUGGUUCAGUGGUUAAGCACUCCUGGGGGUUCAAUCCUUGAUACAAAAAAAAAAAAUACAACCCCCAAAGUCAUAGGACUUUAGUUGCUUCCUCUUCGAUCCAUUUUAC